AUGCGUCGACCAGAGUUGGUCAUCGCUUUCAUCGUCAUCAUCGUCAUGGAAUUUCGUAGUUCAUACGGAAACCCGUAUCCUGAAUUGAACAAACGCGACAGCUACACCGUGCACAUUGAGAUUUUCGGCGAAGCACGAUGCACUGACACAACGAAUUGUUCAUGUCAUCACGGUCUGCGAGAAUGCGAAAAACAAGCUCUUCAGGCAUGUGUAAUUUCGCUCAUUCCAGAAACUGAUGAACAUCUGGAAAUCGUUGGCUGUAUCCAAGGUGGAGACGAAUUCGACGACUCUGUGAAAAAAUGUCUCGCUAACAAGCAGCCAUCAUUGCGAGUUCCCACUGACAGAUUUGUUCGAUGCGCUAAGUCGGAUGCUGGUCGUAGUCUGAUCGAGCAUCAUGGCUCGAUUCAACGAGUCAUAGCACCAGAAGUGCGCUGGGUAAGUAUACUUUCAAAAAAAGUAUUUUAG